UCAACAUCCAGUGCUCUGGCAUCAAUCAAACACUGUGUCAGAUUCACCCAGCUAGCAUUCAGUAGCACAGGAGAUUCCUUUGUUGCUGGGGACCAACAAGGAAAUAUUUUUAUUUUCUAUUUGAGUAGAAACACGUACGUUUUUUAGCUAGUGUUGUUACAGUCUGUGUUGAUAUAUACAGACUAUGUUAUUGUAGUAAAUAAUGCAAAUUGACAUGGAGAUGUUCCUAGUUGUGUCAGGGCCAUCAUUAAAACUACUGGGCAACCAGUAAUGGUGUUUUUACCCUCAGUAAAUAAAGUAUUUUGACUUUGACUUUGACUUUGAAAACAUUUUUAUUGUAUUUUAGGUUUACAUUAUUGACAAAAACAGGCUCCCCAUGUACAGCUUUAGCAUUUAAUUUAUGCAGAAAAAAUGAAGUAUUAGUGGCAUCUGGAGAUUGCUCACUCAGGUGCUAUGAUUCAGGUAUUACUAUUUAAUAGUCUAGUAUCAGAGUUAAAUAAUAAUUAUAAAGGAAUGGUUUUGGCUUGCAAUACAGUACAUGAAUACAAGUAUAAGAUUUCAUAAGUGCUAUUGAAUCUUUUGUCCAUAGAUGGAUUUUCUGGGGGAUGCACAUACCUCUGGGGGAUGCACAUACCCUCUCAGAAUGUUUUCCCACCCCACCUAGAGAAAUUUGCACUCCCCACAAAUUUAAAUGUUCAUUGUAUUAUAUGACAGUAGUGUGAUUAAAAUAAGGAUUUUGAACUAAAUAAGACCAAAAAUUUCCUGAGGGCUUUGCCCCUCACUUCCAACCUUGCCCCAAUUAGCAACUGUGCCCCCAGACCCAUCCUGGGGUCUUUCUACCCUUACCUCCAACCUUGCCCCCAUUAGCUACAUCCCUUAAAUUUUCUGCACCUCCCCCCCCCCCCCCCCCUCCAGAGACAAAUCUAAAAAUCUGUCUAUGCUUUUGUCUUUAGAAAGAAAAGAGUUAGUAAGCUUGAUGAAAGAUCAUGAAUCAUCAAUAUGUUCUAUAUCAAUCCAUGCAUCUGGACGACAUGCUUUGACCACAGCCAAUGAAAUUGCUCAAAUCUGGGAUCUUGAUACUUUCACAAAGAAAAAGACCUUGAAUGGUGCACAGACUGUUGGUAUUCAGCAGGUGGGGUUAGGUCCAAGAAUUCUACAUUUUGAAGUCUUAAAGUUUGUAGUGAAUCACCAUUUUGAUGAAUUGCCAUCACGUCUUUCCGGCAUUUAGUUUUUACGUCCUUUAUUUUUUACGUCAUAGGAACCAAUAAACGUUGGUAUUUCCCCACCAAACAACUAUUUUUCACCAUGCAAAUUUAAGCCCUGGUCAAAUAAGGAUGAGUCGUCUCAAUGAGAGUUGAUGAGAGUUGGCAAGCGAGAGUUUACAUGAGGGUGUUCUCAACUUUCAUGCCCCAGUCAAACGAGAACAACAGUUGCAUGAGAGUUGACCGAAUAUUACCGCGUGCGUAAAAUUGAAGAUAAGUUGCAACUCUUAUCAAACCUUAUCUAUUUUUCGGUUGGACUGGAACACAACUUGAAUGUGAAUUAGAACGCGCGUUCGGAACGCGGAGGGGGGGGGGAGGACAGAUGGAAUGCGAGUGAAACGCAUCGGGAAACGCAUUCCGGUCCUGUUCUUAAGGUCGUGGUACAAUUUUUUCUACAACUUACAACGCAAUGCCUCGUGUAACAUCAUGGCCUUUACUGCGUCUUUUGAUCUAUUCGGCCAACAGUUGUUUUCGUUACUUUCUGUUCAAGUAAACACGUUUCACCUCGCAAGAAUCUUUCAUUACUUUACAUCAGACUGUGACAUGAUUUUUUAGGUGUUCUUUCUGCCCUUGAGUAACACGAUAAUCUCGAGUUUCAAAGACGACAGUAUAUUUGCUUGGGAUUUUGAAAGCCUUGUGUGCAAAUAUCAGUUGCCCGUACCUGAAGGACCUGCGCCACAUUAUCGAGCCUUUGCCACACCCAGAGAUGGAAGAUUGCUUGCUGCCGGAGGAAGGUAAUGAAAGGGGGAGGGGGUUAGUUUAAACAUUUCACUACAAGGUUUGAGACUUUGAGUACAGUGGUAGGGUCUCAGUUAUACCUGACAGUGUUUUCGUCAUACUUUAUAUCCACGGUUUGUGCAUAAAGUACGCUGGAUUUCGGCGGUAUUUCGGAUUUUGUAGUUUCAUGGGCGCUACCUCAAGUCAGAUUUGUCAGAUUAACUAUUGCCUAAAAACCUAUUGCCUAAAGACUAGCUAUGAAGGAGAAAUGUUUACUGGACAUUUUUUUGCUCAUUUUAAUCAGCGUUUAUCCCACUGAUACACACCUUUAAAGUACUGUAACAAAUAUCCCUUUGAUAAGAACUUAAAGUAUACUGCAACUGAGCUUACCUUCUUCAGCUAAUUCACCAAGAAAAGCUGUCAAUAAUUCUAAAUGCUGUCAUAAAUUAUUUCCUUAGACUUAGUAACAAUAUCCCUGCAUUGUAAGUACCAUUGAGACUCGCCCAUCUACCAAAAAUAUUUCAGUGUGUGCGUUCACUUACAGAUCACAUUUUCUUCAUAUCUGGACCUUGGAGUCCAAGACGUUGUUACGAAUCAUUGAUUUACCAACUAAAGUAAGGAUGGUGAAACAACUAGAGUUCCUCGCUGACAGUUUUGAUGGCGGAUCCAGUCAGACUGUUGGCAUUCUCUCUCAGGAUGGCAUCAUUCGCUUUGUUAAUAUUCAUACUUGCAAGUUGGUGUUUGAAGUUGGAUCACACGAGAAGGUAUUGUACUUUGUUGAAAGUUAUCACUGUGAGUGUGCCUUAAGUCUCGUCCCCACUUUCUUUACAUAACAUACGCUUCAGUCUAUGGUGCUUAAUAUUUCAGCGAAUUAUCUCGUUCAGUCUCAGUCCAAAUGGUUCUGAUAUGGCAUGUAUUAUGGACAGUGGUUGUAUCAACAUUUACAGUGUACCAGCUCUGACCAGCCACUUGAAACAG